AUGUCCCAAACCACUGCUCACUCAACGCAAACUCCUGAGGAACUAGAUGUCGUGAUCGUUGGUGCCGGAUACUCUGGUAUCCACCAGUUAUAUCAUUACCGCAAGCAGGGUUACUCUGUCCGCAUCCUUGAAGCCGAAUCCGACUUGGGAGGCGCUUGGUGGUGGACUCGAUACCCUGGUGCCCGAGUUGACUCUGAAUCUCCCUUCUACCAAUUAUCGAUCGAAGAAGUAUGGAAGGACUGGGUAUGGACAGAACGUUUCCCGUGUAGAGAUGAAGUAUGUGAAUACUAUCAGCACGUCGAACGGACGUUGGGCAUAAAGAAGAAUAUACGGUUCAAUAGUCGAGUUGUAUCAGCAAGAUUCAACGAUACUCUUAAUCGAUGGGUUAUCACUACUAAGGAUGGUUUUGUGGUACACCCUCGAUUCUUCAUCCUAGCCAUUGGAGCUGCAUCGAAACCGCAUACCCCUCCCUUUGCUGACUUUCAAAGUUUUAAAGGAAUCUGCAUUCACACUGCGUCCUGGCCUGAAGGACUAGUUACGAAGGGAAAACGUGUAGCUGUGAUAGGAACAGGUGCCUCUGGAGUUCAGGUUAUCCAAUCUAUAGGUCCAGAAGUAAAACAUUUGACUGUUUUCCAGCGAACCCCGAACUACGCGCUGGCCAUGCAACAACAAAAGCUGGACAAGGAGAUUCAACAGAAGUCGAAACGACUAUUCCCUGAUAUGUUCCGCCGCUGCAGACAAACUCCUAAUGGUUUUAGUUUUGAUCGCUAUCCCAAAAGCCUUCAUGCCACCACACCCGAGGAACGUCUCUUGUUCUUCGAAGAUCUUUGGACAGCCGGUGGAUGGCGCUUCGUGACCAACAACUACAUGGACAUUUUUUCGGAUCAAGCCGUCAACGAUGAGGCUUAUUUCUUCUGGCGAAACAAAAUCUGCGAACGUGUACAUGACCCGGUGAUGCAGGAGAAACUCGCACCUACUUCACCACCGUAUCCUUUCGGAUCGAAACGCCCUAGUCUUGAAAUUAAUUACUACGAUGUAUUCAACCAACCAAACGUGGACCUUGUCGACUUAACUCAAUGCGAAAUAUCGAGAUUCACCCCUUCUGGAAUACAAACAGCUGACGGGGUCGAACAUACAUUCGAUAUUGUCGUGCUCGCGACGGGUUUCCAUACGUUCACCGGUCCCUAUACGGAUUUGAAAGUCCAAGCAGCUGAUGGGACCGAUAUCUUAGAAAAGUGGGCCAAUGGCGUUUAUAGUUAUCUUGGAAUGACGGUGCAUGGAUUUCCAAACUUCUUCUACAUGUAUGGGCCUCAGAGUCCGGGAGCGUGUAACGGUCCCACAUGUAGUGAAGUCCAAAGCGAUUGGAUCGUUGGCUGUGUAUCUCAUGCGAUGAAACAGUGCUUCACUCGCAUCGAGGCCACGUGUGAAGCAGAGAUUGAGUAUCGCCGCCUCAUUCUCGAGCUGAAUGCACGUUCGCUUUCGAGGUCGACUUCGGAACCCACAAACUUCAAAGGAGAUUUGGCCCAAUACGGUCGUUUAUGCCUUGAAGUUACUGAUGACGGAUAUCGAGGCUUUGUCUUUUCAUCUCAGGUAGAAAGCCGGGCCCUCCUCUGA